GAUCGAGCGAACUGUUGCACUCCGAAGUGGCUCGGGUACCCCGGUCCUUGUCCCCCGCGAUUCGUUGGGGAUUCGAGAGAAGAGUCACGUCGGCGCGUUGUCGCUUUCAGUAGUAAACACCAACUCGCGUAAGACGAAUCUCGGAUGUUCGUGUUCACGUUCUGUCAUCGUCGAAAUCAUCCGUAUCUUUUGGUAGCACAGUUUUAUCGCGUUACUAGUUAGUAUACCACCGAUUAACCAAACCAACGACUACACCAUCGUCAUGAUUAUUCGUCGGUGUCCAUUAAAACGUUUUUACGUGUUUCAACGUUUAUAUAAAUUGAACACGAGACUCGAUGCGUAGUUUCCUCGUCGUCCUCGUCGUCGUCGAUGUCGACGAGCAUCUUCGUCUUCUUCACGAAUAAUCUAUAGAGUUGCUACUAUCAUUGUGGUGUAAUCGUCGUCGUCGUCGUCUUCGUCGUCUUCGUCGUCUUCGUCGUCGUCGUCGUCGUCGUCGUCGUCAUCGUCGUCGUCGUCGUCGUCGACGUUUAAGCGAGACGACGAAAAAGGAGAGAGAAGUGCGUGUGCUUUCGUGUUUCCUAGUGAUCGAGGACGACAAGUUUUAAUGGGACGAUCGCAUAACUCUUCUCCUCCUCGUUGUUACCUCUCGUCGACCUGCUUGAGAAAGCACGACUUUCUCUCUUCUGUUUUUCUUCUUCCUUUUUGUCUUCCUCUCUUUUUCUUUUUCUUUUUCUUUAAGAAGUGCUUUAACGCUGCUCGGAGGACCUAGGUGUGGGCCUUUCGAAGAUAUAUUCCAACGUAUUCUUUAUUUUCUUUGGAAAUUCUUCGUACACCACGGUCCACUUUUGAUGCGGUUCCCGCUUGGCACUUGGUUAUUAAACAUUCCAAGUGGAGAUCCGUGAGGACAUUCGAGAAAUUGGUGAAGGAAAUUUGUUACUUCCGGAGUUGGACGGAAGGGUGAAAAGUGGUCUCGACAGAGAGGAAGAUUCAAAGGGAGGUUCAGACGAACGGCAAAAAGAAGAAGAAGAAGAAGAAGAAAAAGACGACGUGCAAAAAGUGUCACCACGCGUCACGCAGGGGUCGUGGGUCUAUGGGGGGCACCGCCCCAGCGGCCCCCCGGCUCGAAUCCAAACAGAAACUGUUAUACCGAAAUUCGUGCUAUUCUGGCACGGGCCAGAACCACCGCCCCGGUUUCGGUGCAACCGUCCAAACGGAUGAAGAGGAGUCCAUCCAAUAUCAUGAGGCAGUCCAGCCUCACGAAACUUGGUUCUAUGAUCAACACCGCCGUCAACAAAAGAGCUGGCAAUGGUGACAUUCAGUGGUGUUUUUCGCAAGUGAAAGGGACUUUGGAAGACGACGUUACCGAAGCUGAUAUAAUAUCGUGUGUUGAAUUUAAUCACGAUGGUGACCUUCUUGCAACUGGGGAUAAGGGCGGACGAGUUGUUAUUUUUCAAAGGGAUCCUAUUAGUAAAAACAGUAUACCACGGAGAGGUGAAUAUAAUGUAUACAGCACUUUCCAAAGCCAUGAGCCUGAAUUUGAUUACCUGAAAUCAUUAGAAAUAGAGGAAAAAAUUAAUAAAAUUAGGUGGUUAAAAAGAAAAAACCCUGCACAUUUUUUACUUUCCACGAAUGAUAAGACAAUAAAAUUGUGGAAAGUUAGUGAAAGGGAUAAAAGAGUGGAAGGAUAUAAUACGAAAGAAGAGAAUGGUGCGAUCCGGGACCCUGCCUGUAUAACUGCCUUGAGGGUGCCAACUAUAAAACCAAUGGAAUUAAUGGUAGAGGCAUCACCAAGGAGAAUAUUUGCAAAUGCGCACACUUACCAUAUAAACAGUAUAAGUGUAAACAGUGAUCAAGAAACGUACCUCAGUGCAGAUGAUCUUAGAAUUAAUUUGUGGCAUCUUGAAAUUACUGAUCAGAGUUUUAAUAUAGUAGAUAUAAAGCCUACUAACAUGGAAGAAUUGACAGAAGUCAUAACAGCUGCAGAAUUUCAUCCUGUAGAGUGUAAUGUCUUGGUUUAUAGUAGUAGCAAAGGGACCAUCAGACUUUGCGAUAUGAGAUCUGCUGCUCUUUGUGAUCAUCAUAGUAAACUUUUUGAAGAACCAGAAGAUCCGACCAAUAAGAGUUUUUUCUCAGAGAUAAUCUCAAGUAUAAGUGAUGUUAAGCUCAGUAAUUCUGGUAGAUACAUGAUUAGUAGGGACUACCUCAGUGUUAAAGUGUGGGAUCUACAAAUGGAAACAAAACCCAUUGAAUGCUAUCCUGUACAUGAAUAUUUAAGAUCAAAAUUAUGUUCACUUUAUGAAAAUGAUUGCAUCUUCGACAAAUUUGAGUGCUGUUGGAGUGGUAAUGAUUGUGCCAUUAUGACAGGCUCAUAUAAUAAUUUCUUUAGAGUAUUUGAUCGUAAUACCAAACGUGAUUUAACUUUGGAAGCAGCACGUGACAUUGCCAAACCAAAAACUCUUCUGAAGCCUCGUAAGGUGUGCACUGGUGGUAAACGUAAAAAGGAUGAGAUUAGUGUCGAUUGUCUGGAUUUCAACAAAAAAAUAUUACAUACUGCGUGGCAUCCAUCUGAGAAUGUUGUAGCAGUUGCAGCCACAAAUAAUCUUUUCUUAUUCCAAGACAAACUCUAGCACAUCUGCAUGCAAAUAAUACAACGGUAUAUAUUGACGUGAGCGAGGCACGUUGAAUUAAAUAGGCACGGUGAAAUAAUAGGUGUCUGAAUUACACUGACGAAAGUCGACUAUUUGCAUGUCAAUGGUCGACUGACAGAAAAGUGGUGUACAUAGCGCCGUCCACACAGCUCACACGUUCAUAUAAGUUAUAUAUACACCUACAUGCAGAGAUUUGCACCUGAUACCUUGCCACGCGCAUACAUGUACAUAAAUGCAUGUAAGUUAAGACACAUGCAUAAAAGCUCCCAAAACUCUUAAGUUGACUAGUUCAAAUAAGUUUGCACAUGGAGUUACUCUCAAUUGAUAAAGUGAAUCGUCUAAUCAAUUAUUUGACAAUUGUAAUGACGAUUACUACAAAGUUUUCUUACACCAAACGUGCAGCUGAAUUUUUAGCUUAUUUGUGCUAUUACAGUAAUUGCGCUACUACACUAUGCAGAGACGGUCAGUGAAAAUAUCUAAUUCGCUCAUAUAUUAUAUAAAAAGUGUUUUAACGUAACGUCUUACGAUCAGUUAUAAAAAUAAUACUAUCAAUGAAAGACAGUGGAUAUAUAACCGAUGUUUCGGCAGGAGCUGAUUAUAUAGCACAGGCAAUUUGGCUUUAUUUAUCCACUUGAUUAUCAAAUUGGGUUUUAAAAAAAAAGAAAAAAGAAAAUGAAUCACUAUCACGUGUGCCAAUGAGAUUUAAUCGUUUACUUUCAUAUUCAUGAAUAUUUUAUGAAGAUCAUUAUAUAAUUAAUAAUAGUAAUAAUUAUAAAACAUGAUAGCUCAGUAUAUAAAGAUCAUGUUUCUUUACUUUUCUUCUUUCUCGCUUUUUUUUUUCUUUUUUUUUUUCUUUUCUUUUUUUUUCUUUUCUUUUCUUUUCUUUUUUUCAUAGAAAAUUUACUACUAAAUCUUCGUAAUAAAUUGUUUUGAAUAUUUAUUAGUAAACUCUGUUUAGUGUGCAUCUAGCUGAAUGAAUAACAUCAGUUACCAAUACCGGAACAAACAAAUCUUAUAUAUAGGCCUACACACAUUUUCCUAUUUUUAUUUUCAUAAUAAAACUAUUGUUACGGAUAUUUCCUAUAUUGCAUUAGCUAAUAAUAGGAUCAAGGAAUAUAUGGCACAAAUUUCUGCUUCAAAGAAUUCGGAUAAAAAAUAAAAUCUUAAAACGUAAAAACUGUUAUAAAUGAUAAGAAAAGUAAGAAGCAAUGUUAUGGUACAGCAAUAACAAAAAAGAAAACAUUCAUUUAUAUGGAAUUAUUUGUGUAAAAGAUAAAAUAGGAACUGAGGCAUAAUUACGAAAAGAAUAUGGAUUUUCUAAUAUUACUCUUAUUAAUUAUUUAUUGAAACGUAUAUGCAUAUAAACAGUGAAUACAUUGCAGUUGUCGAUGGUAAGCUGGACUUGCAGACUCUACAUGAAGUAUGUAAUAAUAACUUAACUAAUAACUUACACGAGUAACGUAAAUUUCGAAUAAGUACCUAUCAAGGGUUUAACUCAGUUUGAGUAUGGCUAAAGAGCCAAGCUCUUCGUAUCUAUGUUGUAUUUAGUAUUUAUACUAUCCUUUAAAUAUUGUGUAGUAGAACUAUAAAACCUAAAAGAGACAGAAUAUAAUAAGUUUUAUCUUAGGCAAAAGAUUCAAUUGAUGAUUGCACUAAUUUUGAAAUACAAAGCAGGCUUCUUUUAAACAACACCUUCAUAUAUAUUUUUUUAUAUAGUUAGUAUAUCUCAGCAUAUACUUAUGCAGUCUGGAUUUUGCUAUGCAUAUACAUUGGGGUGCUCCAAAUGUUCUUAAGGCUGUCAAUUUUAUUUAGUUUUAUUUUUCAUUUUAUAGCGUCUUUCGUAAAAGAUAAUUUAAAAAAUCAACAUCAUUUUGUUCAAUUUUCCUUACAUUUAUAAUAAUCUUCUCAUCUUUUUAAUCUAUUUUGUUUUGUUAAUGUCUAUUACUUUACCGUCAAUUUUCUUAUCUGUUUUUGCUUAAAUAAUGGUUCAUAAGUGCCUUGAAGCGCAUUAAGAGUGCUCGAUUAUUAAAACAGGAAUUCUAAAGUAUUAAAUUCUUACAGGUGUUUUUAAUACGGAUUAUAAUAUAAACAAUUUCAUAACACAUGCUACUUCAGGAUACAAAGAUUUUGGUAAUGGAACAGAGAGAAUAAAAAGCACUCAAAAAUGUAUAAAGCACCAGACUAAUGUAUAUUCACGAUUAAUGAUUUUCCAUAUCAAAAAAAAAAAACAAAAAAAAAACAAAAACAAAAAAAAAACAAAAAAAAAGAAAAAGAAGAAAGAAAAAAACACAUUAGGAACUACCUUUACUUAGGAAAUUAUUUCCUUCGAUAAAGAAUAAAUAUUUUCCACAUCAACAAACGAUUCUUUAACGUUACAUGUGAAAAAAAGCAAAAGAAAGCAACACGAGAGAAAGAGAGAAAAAGAGAACUGUUACAUAUUCUAUUAAUUAUAAGUAACAAUAAUAGAUUGACAUUAAUUAAUUUAAAAUCGCACACAUUAAAAGUCUUUUAACUAGAAUAUUUUUUCAAAAUUAAUGAUUCGGAAUGAUGCAAUUAAGUUUGUUUAUUAAUUAGGAUAAACAUUUUGUUUUCAACUCAUGGAAUAAUUAACGCAUUAUUAUGCUUCCUGUAAUGCAGUUUAAAAUUAACAGGCUGCAAACCUUUCUCCAUAGUCUUUAUUAUUAAAAAAAAUUUGGAAAAUAAGCUUUAUAGGAGAAAGACAAAAAAUAUUUCAAUAAUAAAAGAUCAUCUCUCUCUCUUUUUCAAAAAUUGAGAAUUAGUAUAAAGAAAAUGAUACACAAAUAUAUCACUUUGCAACUUGAUAUAUAUCAGCAUAAUAAAAUAGUUAAAAAAAAAAUAAAUAAAUAAAAAAAAAGCUUGAGCAGUUUUAAUAAUAUUGACUGCACUGCAUGAAUCAUGAUAAUUGCAAUAUCGUAUAAGAGAUGUGCAUAGAAUUUUUGCGAACUUUGAGACUUUGCUCAACGUAUAAAAAAUUUGUAUUAUUUAUACAUCACGUCAGUUUAUAUAUCGAAAAUCUAUGAAAUCUAUGUUUGUGUAAUGUGUAAUUGAAAAAUUAUCUUAUGUAAAAGCAGACCUACUACGUUUAGGAAAGUCGUUCCUUGAUGUUAAAUAUCCAUGAAGAGAGACAAGAAAAGAUCAAAAAAUGAGAAUGUAUAAGAAAGAAAUAAUGAAAAAAAAAAAGAAAACAAAAAAUAAAAAAAGGUAAAGGUAUUAUGAAAGAUCGAUGAUCAUAUACCUUUUUACCUUGUCUAAGGUACAUAUAUUAUAUAAA